GGGCGGGGCCCUGAGUGGAGUGCGUCGCGCUCGGGGGCCGCACCGGGUAGCGUUUCUCUUUAGUGCCUGAGGCAGCUCUGGCUCGGAGAGCCUUUCGCUAACCCUACGGGGACCUCUGUGCACGGAUGGACCCGCCCGGACCCGGCGGGAAGCGGCCUGGCAGGCGGCGGCCCCGGCGGCAUCAGCAGAGACAGGACGGGGCCGAGGCCGCGGGCCCCUGAGGCGUGCGUGCCCACCGGGCCCGGCAGCGGCACCAUGAUGCCGGGCGAGACCCACUCGGCGGCGCCCGGGACGGCGGCGGACCUGGCGCGAUGUCAGGGCUGCGCCUCUCUGCAGCAGAAUUUGAAUGAAUAUGUUGAGGCAUUAAUUACCUUGAAACAAAAAAUUAUCAAUACAGAUAAUUUGUUAACAGAAUAUCAGAAGAAAUGUGAUGAUAUCCUUUUACUGGCAUUUCUGGUGAAUUUUGGAAUUGUGUAUAAUUCCUGAAAGAGAUGGGGGAAUUGUUUAUCAUAGUUGCCUUUUGGAAGAUAGUACUUAAAGGCUUAAGUAGGGAGUGCAUCUCACAAGCACAGUAAACACGUUUAAUGAUGAGUUUUAAAAUGGGGAGGUUAUUUUUCUUGUUGAUUGUGAUUUUCUUAAUGUCUCAUAAGCUUUAUAGGGGUGCGUUUCUCUAAUUUGUACUGAUGAUGUAACUUUUUUAGGUUUAAGAAUAAUGUGAAACUGAAUGUGAUACUAUCUGAAUGUUAUUUUUUGAAUCUACACGAAUUACAGUAUGGGAAAUGUAAAAUGCUGGGCAAUUGACUUUCAUUAUUUUUGUGAUUUAUAGGGAAGGGGUGUGUGUGUGUGUGUGUGUGUGUGUGUGUGUAACACUCCAAAAUCAUUUAGAAAUAGUGUAACUGUGUAUUCAUGAAUGCUCUUGGGCUGUCACUAGACAGUUCUUGGCCUUACACUCACCAUUUGUUUGAUAGCCAUUUAAUGAGCUCGGUUGUGGAGUUACUGUCUACUCAGGUGUUUUUUACACCUGAGUAGUGGGAAAAAAGAUGUGUGUAAUUUUUCCUUUCAUGCCUUGCAGUGAUAACACCUUGAUUUAAAUCUCGCCUAUAAACACAUAGUUUCUCUCAUAAAAUAAACAUAUGCAUACCUUUAGGGGGUCCCUGAAAUUUAGCUUCAUGUUGGAUGUCAGGACAGAUUCAGCUGUUCAGCUUUGGCAAUAACUUGAGGCCUACUUGAAUAUUAUUUCUGGCAUACCCGAACUUACAUGUCAUCACCAGUUAUUUAUUUGUGUUGGUACCAUCUGUACUAGUUCAUUCUCAUGCUGCUAUGAAGGACUGCCCGAGACUGGGUAAUUUAUAAAGGAAAGAAGUUUAAUUGACUGAGUUCCGCAUGGUUGGGGAGGCCCCAGGAAACUUACAGACCUAGUGGAAGGGGAAGCAAACAUGUCCUUCUUCACUUGGUGACAGGAUAGAGAAGUGCAGAGUGAAUUGGGGAAAAACCCCUGAUAAAACCAUCACUAUCAGGAGGUUCUACCCUAGCAUGUGGGUAUUACAACUCGGAUUACAAUUCAAGAUGAGAUUUUGGGUAGGGACUCAACCAGACCAUAUCACUAUCAUUUCUAAUUUGUGUGAAAAGAGUAGUACAAUUAAGAGAUAUCCUUUAGAUUUAUUUUUAGCAUCUGAAUUUUUACAUUCAAAAAUAAAGGUCAUUGGAAAUCUUCUCACAUGCUUUAUUUGUUAAAACCAUCAGUCUGUUUAGCUGUAUAUGCACAUUGUUGCAGGAAUGAUUACCUUCAGUUGUUAGCAAAAGGGGUAUUGUCUUUAAUUAGUUAAAGGUGUAUGGAAACAAUUAUUGCAACUUUUAGAUAAACAAAUAGGGAAAUAGGUGAGCAGUUCCAGUAUUAGGAGAGUAUGUGUUUAUUAUAUCAUUCUUGGAGAAAAUAUGAAAACUUUUUGAGGUAACUUAUACAUGUAACCUAGCAGAGAAAUAACUUUUACUUUUCUAAGUUUGGCCAGAAACAUUUUUCAACAAAAAUUACCAGAGUUCUUUUUUAAUGGGUAAAACUUGAUUAUUCCUGGAUUUCAGAAGUUCGAUUCUCUGAUAUAUUUGGCUUUAUUGUCAACUACAGAUAAAUACGUAACUUUAAAAUAAUAUGUUUCACAUUUGUUCCAAAUACGCAUUUGUUGUCUGUCAAAUAUGCAGUAGUUUUUCCUGCAACUUGAAGUACCAGUGUCACAGGUUUAACAUGGCUUUCAAAAACACAAUUUGGUUCCUUUUGCUACUAAAGUAGCAAUGCAUUUUCCCAUUUUUCAAGAUGGGAAAGUUAUUUCUUCAAUAACAACACUAUGAUACUUCAGUAUUUCACCUCUUUUUUCUGUAAUCCUGACCACUUUAUUAUCGUCACCUCUUUCUAAAUGGCAAGGAGUGUAUUUUAUUUCGUCAGGUAUUUUUUGAACUUUUCUUUUUUGCAAAGACUACUUUAAGAUUAAUAAAAUAUAGUUCUUGGCCUUCGGAAGCCGUCAGAAGCUUACAUUCUAAUAGAGGAGGAUGCAGAUGUGUUUUUAUGAACAUACAUGUGCUAUAUUGUGGUAUAAGUACAGGAAUUCCUAGGAGAGGAAACGUAAAGGAAUUGUUUUUUUGCUAUCUUAGAAUAUUUUACUGGCAGCAUGAAAUGGUAAAAUAAGUUUCUCAAAUUAUAUAAAUUGUAAAAGAAGAGAGCUUGUGUAGAUUUUAUGAUCUAUUUUCUAAUUACAAAGGAUGGUUAUAUAUGGUUUUCAUAAGUACAUAACUCUUGUUUGCUGGAAUUAUUCUCUGCACUAUUUGAAAAAUGAAGGACAGGUUGUUUGGGGAUUCUGCCAUAUAGAGAAAUCAAGGUAUUAUCUAUUAGUUGAGUAUUGCUUUGUCUUUAUUCUUUUCAUUCUAAUCAUACAUUUAUUCACUGAACUCUUUUAGAGGAAAAGAUGUUUUGACUUUUGGUACAUGUUAUGAGGGUCAACGGAAAUAACUCAGUAAAAAGACUCACUACUGUGUUAGAGAUUGCAUAUGGAAUAUCAUUUUCAAGCAUUUGUGAUCUUGCCUGUAUGUAUAUUGAAUACAAGUUAUUAAAGAUAAUUGUGAAGUGAGUUUUAUCUCCAGACAAGUUUCGGAAGAUAAAAUUCUCAGAGUUUUCUUUAAUAAGUUUUACAGCUGCAGUUUGCGAGAAGAGAGAACAGUAAUCUGCAUCACCAAGUAGAAGAGAUGCUUCAAAAAAUUUCUCCUCUGCAGAAGUGUCAGGAAGAACUGGGAUCUUUAAAAGCAGAGCUAGAAGAGAAAAAGAGUUCUUUAAAGUUAUAUCAGGAUACUCAUCAGGAAUAUACUCGUGUAAAGGAAGAAUGCUUGAAGAGUGAUGCUCAGAAGAAGAAACUGGAAGCUAAGGUGAAAAAGCUGCAAGAGGCUGCUGUCAAGCAAACUCAGGACUUCAAGCAACUGAGAAAUGAAAAGAAAAUACUUGAAAAGGAAUUUAAGAAGACACAGGAAAGGCUGGACGAAUUUUCUAAACAGAAAAAUGAAAAGGAGCUGAGACAUAUUGGAACACAAAUUUCGAGUGAUUCAUAUGGAAGCAUAGAUAAAAGAAAAGUGAAACUGCUUCUGAAGGAACUCUGGCUCUGUGUAAACACAACACACAGACUACCUGGUGAAGGCAGCAGAUGUGUCCCAGAAAAACCUGCCAAAGCAAUCACCAGCUCCAGAGUGCCUGGGGAAGAUGGCACGCUACCUCUAGCACAAGGCAGCCCUCUCAGGACCUCAAAUGUGCAGACAUGCCUCACGAAACUGUCCAUGGAGAUAGAGGAGGACAUUUCAUGUCAAAAUGUGGAAAAAGAGAGCUCUAGUGGAACAAAUUGUAGUUCUGAUCACGUUUUUAACGAGAAUGGAAAUCUUGAGGUUUUAGUACAAAGUCAUCAUGACAGUGGCAGCACUGACUUGGUUGACCAUGAUCUUUUUUUUGAUGAAGAUCUUCAAGCUGCAAUUGACUUCUUCAAACUUCCCCCUCCUCUUCUGUCUCCAGUGCCCUCGCCCCCUCUGAUGUCAUCACCGCACCUGGAUUCCAUACCUUCAUUUGCACCUGAAACCUACUUUGGAGAGUAUACAGAUUCCAGUGAUAAUGACUCGGUCCAUCUUAGAAAUUCUGCUGAGUCUGUUUCCGAAGAUGAUACAGCUGAAUCACAGAAUUAUUUUGGCUCAUUGAGAAAAAAUAAAGACAGUGGUACAUGGGAGGAAAAGCCCAAAUCACAUGAAGCUGUCCAAGCUCUAAAUACAUGGGAAGUAAAUAAAGUGACAACUGCUGGACUCGAAACUUUCACAGCAGCACUGAGUGAAUCUUCUGCCACACACUCCUUAGCUGGUGAAAAACACUGGACCACAGCAUCUCAAUCCAUGAGUGAUAGAAAAAGAGACAUUUUACAUGAGACAAAAAGACAAGUAGAGGUUAGGGAGAUGGAUAAGUCAGUGCAAACCGAGAGAACCAUUCAUAAACACACUCAGGGUUUGUGCAUUGAGAGAUUGUCUGCCUGUCCAGCACAAGAAAAGGAAGCUGCCACUCGGAAGUCAGAGUUCUAUUCUUCUCCCCUUGGCAAGAAGAGGCCAUUAAAUGAACUCAUGGAAUCUGAAGGAAAAACCCUAUUGUCUAAAAUGAUAGGUUCGCCCAAAUCAGAGUUUACUAAGUGGACACGAAUUAAUGAAAUCACUUCUGAACCAGACUGUAUCACAGUUUCUGGCCAUUUUCACAGACAGUCUAGAGAAUUGGAAAAGGAAAAGGAAGAUACACAAGGGUUCACUUUAGGAGAAUCGCCUGAAUCAGAAGAUGAUGAUUCAGGCGAUGCAAUGGAUGUAGCAGGGCUUGGUGUUGAAACCAGUUUUUCUUCCUCUUCUGCCUUGGUAGCAUUGUCUAUUGGCAGUAAUCCCCAGUCUUCUUCCGGGUUAGACUGUGGUAAUGAUACAGAUAUUACUACUAAAGUAUUCUCUACUGAAUCGCAUCAUUCAGAACAUAAAUUACAAACUAAAACUUUAAACACGUUACAUCUGCAGUCUGAGCCACCAGAGUGUUCUAUAGGAGGAAACAAUUUGGAGAAUAGCAUGCAUGCCUUGAGCUCUGAAUUGGGAGCAUCUAAUUUUAAUGAUCAGAAGAGCAAUGGGAUAGAAUAUACAAAAAUCGUAAAAGGCUUGACCAAAAUACAUUCACUUCCUCGGUCAGUAUUUAUGAAAGCUACAAAAGAUGGGCAAUGUGAAAGUCAGGAUCCAAGAAUAGAGGUCACACGAAAUAAGCCAGAUUUCACAUCAUUAAUAGGUUCUCAGGCUGCCUUGAUAAAGAGUGGUUUGGGUUUUGUUAAAAGUACUUCGUGGCACCAUAGUGAUUUAUUAAGGAAAGGUGGCGAAGAAAGUCUGAGAGCUAAAUCAGAAUAUGAACAAAAGACUAGCCAUCAGUUACAAAAGGUAGUGCCAUCCCUACAAAAUAGAGGACCAACACCCAAGCCUAACCUUCUUAGAGAAAAUAACAGUCCUGUAGAAUUGAAGACCACUGCAUCAGUGUUGCCUAAUCAAGUGUCAGUUAUCACAAAACAGACAAGACCUGAAAAGGUUCAGAGUGCUAAAUUGGAACACUUGAGGCCGCAUAGGAAUGAGCCUACCUUAGUAACAGAAAAUAAUGGCAACAAAACUGAUCAUAUGUCAACUCUAGCAAAAUGUGAUGGGGAAAGAGACGAUACAACUCAAAACAUCAGGGAGGUGGCUGCUGUGAAAAGCGUUUCACCAGAAGUUUCUGCCUCUCGGAGAAAACUAGAUUUUAGUUCUUCAGGUGGUUCUUCACCAGUAGAAAAUUCGGAUUGUUCCACAAGUAGCAGAUUAUCUUUAUCUUCUGAAGACAUCCUCGUCCAAAACCAAGACAUUGUGAGAGAAGCUGCAGUGCAAGAAGAUGGGCAGAAGCAGGGGCAGCCUCCUCAGGCCACAGAUCUGGACUCAAGUGGGACAGAUAGCAGUGAGGUGCUUCCAGCCGCAGAAGUGACCAUGUCAGGAGGCUUUUCUGUUGAUGAAAUGGCCUGUGGAGACACAGAGAGGUCUGGUGGUGAUGCUCUGGCUGUUGCAAAUGGUACUGCUAGCACACCACAAAGUGCUAAUGGACCUUGGAAGUUGAAAUCUACAACUCCUGUUGGUGCUUUGCCUGAAGGUUUUAGCACCACAGACACCACUUUAUCUCCAGCAUUUUGCAGAAAAGCUGGAGAGACACAGGAUACCUCCCAAAGUAGCCCUUCUGCUACCUUACCUUGUUUCACAGGCAUUCGAGAGCGGGGAGAUGACACUGAGGCAGAGGAUAGUGAGGCAUUUAGCUGCAGUGAGGGGAGCGAACAGCAAGAUGCUCCUGAAGACUCACAGAAAAAUUUAGCAGAUGGAGAUGCUGGUGUAGCCGAGGUGAGGCCUUCUUUAGAGGUAGGUUGUUUGACGUCAGCUCUGCAAGAUUUUAACAUAAGUACUUUUUCUGAGCUAGAUAGACUUUCCACAUCAGAGGUUGUGAUGUUUCUUGAGAGCUGUCAAUUAGGGGAUUAUAGUUCAGGGGACUCUGUUUCUGAAUGUUCUAGUAAAGGAACCCUAAGCAAAGAAAUGAACAAAGAACUAAAGCCCAGUGAAAUAUCAGGAGAAAAAUAUAGAAAGCAACCCUGUGAAGAAGAAAUACUUGGAACCUGUGAAGAGUGGAUUGAAUCAGAGGAAGAUGAUUAUUCAUUAAAAAAUACAAGUCAGCUCACUCAGUGUUCUUUGGAAACUCUGUCUGAAGUUCUCACCAAGAUUAGGCAAGAACUUCAAACAAAUUCUGAAGAUGGCAGUGGUAAAGAUGCUGGCAGUUUAUUGCUCUUAAAUGUAAAUAACAACAUGACCACUGAGAAUUUAAAAGAGAAAGGUCCAUCUCGGGAAGUGACUGGCUCCUCAUCACAUGGUUCAGAACCACCCCCGCAGAUAGCUGCCGCGGACACUGAGGGCAGCUCUCCCAUUCGCGGUGGGCCUCACAAUGAAAACAUUCAGAGCGGACCAGAGGCCAACUCAGAUGCAUGCGGGCAAACCAGUGGUGAGGAAGAAGUCCUGGUAGAACCUGUGGAGCCAUCAGCCUUGUGCUCUGACUCCGUAACAGAGCCACUGAUGGAGCAAAGUUCUAAUUGUGAGGCCGAAGCAACAUUUCAGUGUCAGAUAGCCACGGUGACCUCAGAAGUUAUAAACGUACUUAUAAAUAAGGAUCAGAAUCUAGUCAUUGAAAAGGGGGACAACUGGACAAUCAUCAGUGGUGUAGCUGUUAUGCCACAUGUGGACCAGGUCACACUGUGUGACACUCCUGGAGACAUCCCUGUUUCUCAGGAUCAAGGAGAGCUGGAAGCUGGUUGUAUCCCAGUGACUUCUGCUGAGAAGUCCCCAGAGGCCAGUCACACUGGCCCUGCAUUUCAAGAGGCUCCAUGUGACAAUAAUAUUUCGUGUCCUCAAGAGGAUGUUUCAAGCAGUGGUCAGAGCACCAACUUUGAUAAAAGUCGUUUGCGAAAUAGACCCGUUAAGCCUAGUAUAUGGAUCAGUUCUCAAAUAUAUGAUCAAAACUUUGAGACUCAGAUUGUUGCAUCUGAUCACACAUAUUAUAACUCAAAACUAGAGCCAUCUGGCAAAAACAAGAAUCGAUCAAAGAUUUCAAACAAAGAUCAAUCAAACAAACCAGUAAAAACUUCAGCAUCAAGCAGAGUUGAAACUCAUCAGAGUGAAGUUUCUCAGUCAUUUUCAGGGGAAAAAAGUUGUACAAAAACUCAAAGAAGCCAAACUCAGACGAUUUUAGCAAAUGCUGAUACAUCCACACCUACAGAUUGCUCUCCUGACACGCUGAGUAAAAUACGGCAAGAGGUGGGGCCUCCUUUGCCGCCUCUUCUUGCUCCUCUAAUAGCUACACCUCCAAGGACUUCACAGCCACUCUCUCCUCUGAUAUCGAGUUCUAGUCCUUCCUCACCAACUUCUCCUGUUGGCCAGAUUUCUCCCUUAUGUGAAACCCCAGUGCCUCCUGUCAUGUCUCCAUGGCCGGAGGACCCCAGACGUGCCUCUCCUCCAGAUCCUUCUCCAUCUCCGUCCACUGUGUCAGCCAGUGAGAGGGUAGUGUCGUCUCCUCUGCAGUUCUGUGCAGCCACACCAAAGCACGCACUUCCUGUGCCUGGCAGACUACCACCCUGUGCACCUGGCCAUGCUGCUGUUGGAGGGCCCCAGGAGAAUUCUGUGAAAAUCCUUGACACCAUGUACCCAGAGUUAUCUGCCAGGGCCCGGACCCUCAACAUCCUCAGAGGGAAUAUUCAACUCACGCGAGGUUCACCUGCUGACUGUAAGAAUUUACCAGGACCCGCCAGUGCUAUGAUAGGAUUCAAAACGAUCACUUCAGCAGCAACUGCUUUUGUCAAAACUGGGAGCAGCUCUGGUGGUGACUGUAACCAAGACAAGUCAAAAGAUUUGGGGACUCAUCAGGAUUCAAGUGGGAAAAGAACGCUGUCAGCGUCUACACUGAGAAGUGCUAAAAGACUGCGCCUGGACACUGGGUCCCCAGAACCAGAAGCCAGGGGAGUCACUGCAGAAGGAAUCCACAAGAACCUCCCAAGGAACCUUCCUCCAACUGAAGUUGCAACAACAGAUGAGGAAAGAAGUUCUACUCCAGCCAUCAGUGCAGUUUCACAGUUGCCUUUAAGUCCAAAGGAAACUGUGGAGUCCCAUGAUAAAGCCAUAGCUAAUGCGCUGAAGAAAAUUGCAGAGUUUUCUUUCGAUCUGUUACCUGUCAUUCGUAGUCAUGUAUAUGUGGGAAAUAUCUCCAAAAAGCCCGUGAUGAGAGAUCAAGAGAAAGAAGUUGUUUAUGAAUUUAGUACAACAAAAAAGCAUUUAGCAGAGUGCUUGCUUCACUCUAUUCUCUCAGAACUAAAAAUUCAGAAGGUAUCUAUGGACCACAAUUACAUUCAUGCCCUCUGCAGAGUGUAUGUGGGUAUUUGUCGACAACUUGGAGACUUGGAAAGAGCUCGCUUGUUUUGCUACAGCCUACUUAAGGAAGAUUUUCCAGAGUCUGAAAAAUUGACUUUGUUUAUUGCAAACAUGUGGCAUGAUAUAUUUCUCUCUCAAUCGGUGAUUAAUAAAGCAAUGCAGUUAGUUGCCAGGCAGCGUGCUAAGGGAGAGGUUCUGAACUGCCUGAGAGCUUUUCUUAACUGGGAAAAGAAUGCCCCGGUAGAUGUUGGCUUCAUGGUUUCUAAGCUGCUUUUGACCAUACAGUUAUGUCCAAAAACAGAAUUUCAGUCCAGUGAAAAAUUUGGUGAAGACCUAAGCGAUAACACUUGGGAAUACAUAUUUGCCAUCGAUCUGCUCUGCUGCCAUCAGAAAUGGAUCUGGACACAUGAUAACAUUAUAAGUAAGGAGCUGUGGCCUGUAAUGGACAAGUGGAUUAAAUACAGAAAAGGACAUGCGAACAUUGCGUAUACUCCUGAUAUUAUUAUAGCAUCAAUACUGAGGCUGAUUGGUCGUUUAGGCCAGUUGGGUUUGAAAGAAGGAUUUCCAUCUGCUGUGAAAAAUAUUAGUUCGGUUAUCGGUAUGUUUAUACAGCAUGCUCACGAUGAAGAUAUACCGUGGGGUAUACAGUUAGCAGCCGUGUACGCUCUUUGUGACUUGAGUCCCAGCAAUCCGGCAGAAAUUUUCAAGAUCCUGGAAGCCUGGCGGAAAGAGGCCUCCAAAAGUGUUCCAUCUGCGAUUGUCAGUUGCCUAGAGGAGGUGAAGACGACACUCUAGCCAAAGACAGAAGACGAUCAUUCCUAAGGAGACUUGCUUCCUGGUGAUACAAACAUCGCAUUGCCGGUACUUACCCGGCUUUGAAUAUUUAUGGAGAUGCUCUUUAGUGAUACCAGAUGCCAGGUAAUUAAGUGCUCACAGGUACCCAUGAUCUGAUUUUUUGUUUAAUUACAGUUGCUGCCCUUUAACAAUUGCAUUUGGCAGCAAUUUUAUUUCUCCUUUCUUAAGUAAUUACAACGGGCAUAACUGAAAUCUUUAAAUCACUCGGUCGCCCUUUUGGAAGCUUUGUGUUGAUAGAGGCAUUCUUACUACCAAUAUAUUGAGCAUAUUCUCUCUUGGUGGGAGGACCCAGUCACAUGGUAUUUGGGUAGAGGAGAAUCCUAAACAAGUAAUCACCCGGUAAAUACAACAAUCAUAAAUAGGAGAAAUAGCAACAAGGAAAACAUGGAGAUUUGCAUAUAGAGUAGCAGAGUAGACACCUCUUUCCAUGUGUUGGUCAGUGGGGGUCUUUGAGGAGGUAACAUUACAAGGACCUGGAUCGAGGGACCUAGUCUUGAAAGCAGGCAGGAGGAAUGUCCCGGCCAGACUGGGGAGUGCAGCCCUGCAAGGCAACAAUGCUUUGAGUGCUGAGAUCAGGUUACAUAAGAAACUGCGAGCCACUCAGGACAGCUGGGAGCACUUUGAUGCUGAGUGGCAGUCGAGGCUCCAGGGAGAUUUGAGCAGAGAUGUCACAUAGAUAGUUCCCCAGGGCUGUUAUGAGGAAAGGGGAUGUAAGAAGGGCAAGAAGUGGAUUGGAGAGACCUGUAUGGAGGCGACUGCAGCAGGUGGAGCUGGGAGCUGAUUGAUGGCGGUGAGGGUGCAGAUGAUUAAGAGCAGAUGGACUUCACAUCUGUCGGGGUAAAAUCGAUGCUGUGUUCAUGAAGUGGCAGGGAAGAAUCAAGGAAGACUCGCAGGGUACUAAGUUGAGCACCUGAGGUUGGGGACAGGUGCACAGGUUUAGGAAUUACAGGUGGUAGGAUUCGAAACUCUUGAGCUUUCCCUUUGGAACAUGGGAACCAUGAGGCCUCCAAGUGGGGCCUCUUUAAAGAUGGCGGGGAUACUUUACAGGAAAAAUUCUAUAGAAGGGAUGUGGCAGAGCUUUGGAAGUUGAUAGCAUAUAGAGACUACUUAAAGCUGUGUGUGUUUCUGCUUUCACCUGGGGAGAAAAAUAACUUCCCCUCAGUACCUCCUAUAAUUUGAAAGGCGGUGGGAGAGGGAGAAGACGAAAGGCAGGGCAGGAGGUGGUGUGGGAGUAACCUUGGCAAUCAUUCCCCAUCCAGGCACUUGGCUACCUAUGUGGCCGGAAACUGCAAGGUUAGGUGAGGUGAGUGUCUCUGGGUGGCAGUGACCUUGGUGAGCAUCUCCCAAAUAGUGAUGGGCUUGGAAUGUGUUGCACAGUGAGUGGGAAGUAUGGAAGAGAGACAUACCACAGGGCGUGGUAGGCUGAGUCUGUGGAAAUUGUGCUCAGUGAGUGGAUUUGUCAGGCGGUUCAGACGUGGUAGACCUCAGCAGGCAUCUGUGUUUUUAUUAGUGGAGAAGAGGCGCGCCGCUGUUGAUUAGCACCAGCGCUAACUCUUGAGUUUACUUGGCAGCAUCCACUCCAUAGUAACUGAUGAUAGGCUUGACGUUGCCCAUGGUACUGUUAACCCCAGAGUCUGGAACGGUUUUAAGCUGUUAUUAAUUUCUGGUACACAACCAGAACAUUGUUGUAAGGUUUUAUUACUUAAACCAAAAAAAAAAAAAAAAAAAGAAAAAGAAAACUGUAAACACAAAAAUAAAUGAACACCUCAUCCUGGAGUUGGGUGAGGCUUUCGACCACGCUGGUGCUUGGUGGCUCAAGCUGGUUCCCCUGCAGCUUGAUAAGCCUUUCAGUGCAGAGCUCAAGAUGAUUACCUACUUCGGAGUGUCAUUUUCCACAGAGCAACUACUUGGUUGCAUUGUUUAAUUUGUUUCUUAAGAUGGGAUUGACAGUAUCCCUCAGCAAGUUUAAUUUUUAAGGAACAUGAAAUAGAAAUAAAUUCAUACCUCGGCCUGGAAAGAACCGCACUGUAGCCAUUAGAGGGCGCUGUAAACUCACCCGUGAACAAGCCAUCCAGAAGGGAGGGAACCUUCCUAACUGGAGAGGCCGUCUGGGUGCAGAAUUUUGCGUUCUGAGAGCCUAUCAGGGAAACAUUUCCAUUCAUGUUUGUUCCUUGUACUUCCUAGGUACAUUAUCAAGAAGUAUAUGGGGAAAACAUGUGGAUAGAAUAACAUGUAAAAUUCAUGAUUUAAGAGUAUAUUUCAAAAAAAAAAAAUUAAAAAGCAAAUACUUAAGUGGUUUGACCAAAAAACAGCACAAAUAACAACAAAACAAAACCAAAAAGAAAAAGAAGUGUCAGGUGAGUAACUGGUGGUGGCAGUGAAGUGAAUGGGUAGGUUGUGUCACUGGCACCUGAUGAAUUGGUGUCAAAGAAGCUUGUCAAUCAAGUCACCCUGCCCACACUGAACGUUACUUUUUUCAAACAUUCCUGACACGUCAUCUUGUGUAGAACCAUCUUACAAAGAAUCUAAUCAACUGGCCUCACUACGAAUGCAACACUGUUUCAAGGAGGGGUGCUUUAAAAAUUUAGAAGAAAGUUGAAAAAGUCAGGUCUAUAAACUUGUAAAUGCUUUCCUCUCUUGCUUGAUUCCAUCUGCCUGACGCUUUCUCAAAAAAAUUCAGAGUGUAUAAUUGUGAAACAAACAAGUUCACUUUCUUGCCCCUCUAAGGGGAAUUUUGAGGAAUUACAGAGCCCUCACUGUAUUGCAGUCAAUUUGUUUAACACAGUUAAGUUCUGAUUAGUAGAGGCAAAAACGGAACUGUGAGUGAAGAGCCAUAAAACUGAUAGAAUUCAGUUUUAUGAAAAUGAAUGCUUUUGCUUGCUUUUAUGAACUUUGUGUUUUUGCAAAGGACGUUAGUACCUUGGAAUGCCCUGGCUCAGGCCACCACGCCUCCUAAAAGCGCACAGAUGUGCCUCAUCAGGGUAUCAAAGUGCCAGCAUUCAUAUUGGGCCCAGCCCUCAUCCUCUAAUUGCAGCUUCCAUGGGGUCUGUCUGCAGUGGGGAGAAGAGUGGGGAGGCUAUAUCGCACAUGGGUUCUUAGGAGUGGAGAUUAUAGAGCUUCACCCAUAACUCCUGAGUUUGAAACUCUGGGGGUGCCUCCAGGUGACAUGGAUGCCCCCAGCAGUUGGGGGAGACACGGCCGGUAAGUACCCCGAGCAUUGCAGCCUGCUCUUUUCUGCCCUUGAGGCCUGCCCCGCCCCGCCCCCAGCGGCCUCUGCCUUCUCAGCUGCUUUCUGUCUUUAGAGGGUCACAGCUCUGGUGUCUAGAUGGCUUUCCCCACUGUCCCACCUCUUGAUCCAUUUCUAUGGAAAUUUGGAAAGAGGAGAAGGUAAGCUGUUUACUGCCUUCCACCACAAACGGAAUCUAAUCCCUAACGGGUUUUGUUUUGAAAUUUUCCCAUAGUAUUUAAGAAUAUUACUUUCCCCUUAACAGUCAUCAAUUGCUGCUGAGAUAAUCUCACCCUAAAUUACGAAUACACAACUGAAAUACAAGCUCAUAAGGGAAGGCUAGGAGCUGAGAAUGUAUGCCCUGGACUGUUACACCUUCCACAGCCAUAAACUCACCCUCCUAGGUACUGUUUUUCUGUGUUUAUUUUUGUUAUAUGCUUUUUAGUAGUUUCACUUGUAAUGCAGUAUGUACUAUUCUUUAACCAUCUCCUGUUACCUGUGUAUUAUUGUGUGCAUGUAGCACAUUAAACACUGAAACGGGUCGACACUGGAAUGUCCUCUCCCUGGGGCCCAGGCCCUUUUCUCCAAGGACUGCACUGACUGGCCGGUCUUUGACUGCCCUCGCUGAGAUGCCUGCGCAGGUGGGGGUCUCAGGGCUGGGGACGUCGCCUUCGUGGUCCCGCCCCUAGCCUGAGGCCCUGAGGCCCGGCGACCCGGCCUGCGUCUCUGCAGUGACCGCCCCCCCCAGCCCCGCCUCCGCCUCUGCAGCUUCGCCCCCGCAGCCCCGCC